GCGGCCCGGCCGGGCGGGGGCGGCGGAGCGGGCGCGGCGGGGCCGGCGCCAUGGAGCGGCCCGAGCGGCCCCGCGCCAACGGCUGCGGCGGCGGCGGCGCCCACGGCACGCUCCGCAACGGCUUCGUGCGCGGCCCGCCCGGCACCCAGAUAAAUCAUAUUGUGCACAAUGGAGGAUUAUACAAAAGGCCUUUCAAUGAAGCUUUUGAAGAAACACCUAUGCUGGUUGCUGUGCUGACCUAUGUAGGCUAUGGUGUUCUCACUCUCUUUGGAUAUCUGCGAGAUUUCAUGCGGCAGUGGAAGAUUGAGAAGUGUCAAAAUGCAACAGAAAGAGAGGAACAGAAGGACUUUGUCCCAUUGUACCAGGACUUUGAAAACUUCUACAACAGAAAUCUCUACAUGCGCAUUCGGGACAGCUGGAACCGUCCAAUCUGCAGUGUGCCAGGGGCCAAAGUGGACAUGAUGGAGAGGGUUUCCCAUGACUAUAACUGGACAUUCACAUACACAGGGAGAGUGAUAAAAGAUAUCAUAAAUAUGGGGUCCUACAACUACCUUGGGUUUGCACAGAAGACUGGGGCUUGCCAAGAAGCAGCUGCUAAAGUUCUGUCCCAGUAUGGAGCUGGGGUGUGCAGCACUAGGCAGGAGAUGGGAAACUUGGACAAGCAUGAGGAGCUGGAAAAGCUAGUUGCCAGGUUCCUAGGUGUGGAAUCUGCAAUGGCAUAUGGAAUGGGAUUUGCAACCAACUCUAUGAACAUUCCUGCUUUAGUUGGCAAGGGCUGUCUGAUUCUGAGUGAUGAACUGAAUCAUGCAUCACUAGUGCUCGGAGCAAGACUGUCAGGAGCAACUAUUCGAAUCUUUAAGCACAACAAUAUGCAAAGCCUGGAGAAGCUGCUCAAAGAUGCUAUUGUGCAUGGGCAACCUCGUACACGGAGGCCCUGGAAAAAAAUUCUUAUCUUGGUGGAAGGAAUAUACAGUAUGGAGGGAUCCAUAGUCCGUUUGCCUGAAGUGAUUGCCCUUAAGAAGAAGUACAAAUCCUAUCUGUACCUUGAUGAAGCUCAUAGUAUAGGUGCCCUGGGUCCCAGUGGCCGGGGUGUAGUGGAGUAUUUUGGACUCAAUCCUGAAGAUGUGGAUGUUAUGAUGGGAACAUUCACCAAAAGCUUUGGAGCUGCAGGAGGAUACAUUGGGGGCAAGAAGGAACUGAUUGAUUACCUCAGGACCUACUCUCACAGUGCUGCGUAUGCAACAUCAAUGUCACCUCCUGUUGUAGAGCAAAUCAUCACCUCCGUGAAGUGCAUUAUGGGUGAAGAUGGUACAAAUAUUGGGAGAGCACGUGUGCAGCAGCUAGCAGAGAACACGAGAUAUUUCAGGAGACGACUGAAAGAGAUGGGCUUUAUCAUCUAUGGAAAUGAAGAUUCCCCUGUUGUGCCUCUGAUGCUGUACAUGCCAGCAAAAAUUGGUGCGUUUGGGCGUGAGAUGCUGAAGCGGAACAUCGGCGUUGUGGUUGUGGGCUUCCCUGCCACCCCCAUCAUCGAGUCCAGAGCCAGAUUCUGUUUGUCUGCAGCUCAUACCAAAGAGAUGCUUGAUACAGCUUUAAAAGAAAUCAAUGAAGUUGGGGAUCUUUUACAACUGAAAUACUCCCGUCGCCGUUUGGUACCUCUGUUGGACCGGCCGUUUGACGAGACAACAUAUGAAGAAACAGAAGACUGAACUCCCUCCACGUGCCUCAGAGGGAGGGACACACCCCAUGGGACACUCCGUGGCACACAGGCCACAACAUCUGUGAACAACACACUUCUGACUGCUUACUAUACAAGACAUUUCCUCACAAUACUGAAGUGGCCACAUCAGCUCUAAAUGGCAUUCUGUAAAUAGGGAGAGGAGAAAAAAAUUCUUUGAUUCCUGUGUCUUCAGGGUCUGGCCCUUGAGGUGCUUGGCUUUAUUUUUUUCCUGUUGCUUUUUUUUUUAAUUUAUUUGUCUCAAUGAAUUCACAGCAACCCAAGUUGGCUGUGGCUGAUCAGUUCAGACUUUGUAUGCACCAUUAGCCUCCCAAAUGCUGGCUGAGAUGUUGUGAGCAUGUGUGAUGCUGGCAUGGCAGCAUUUUCAGUGUCACUGCUAGGUGUCUGAUCUUCCCAAUAAGGAAUGAGCUGACCUGUUUCUGGAGACUUCCUAGAGAAACUGUUGAUUGCUAACUUUGACAUAUUUUAACAAGAUGGGUAAUCAACCAAAGUUGGAUUUUUUUUUCAUUUGCAGUUACUUAUGUUUAAAACUUGAAUUUAGCCUUUUUAAAAUAAAUGUGUUGAUGACAUGUCACUGACAGGACCAUUGUUCCCAAACAUUAUUUAGUUUUGUAAGCCACAGGCAAAAGGACUUCUGGAACUGUAGCCUCUUUUCCUUCCCAGUAUGGAUGCCAGAUUGUCUCCUGGUUUUGACACUAAUUGUCCCUUUGAUAGAGGGUAAGUGAUGGAGAGGGGUUUGUUUUGGUUUUUUUUUUUAAAUACUUCUGCUUAAAAAAAAGAAAAAAUAUGGGUGUUAUGUGUGUUGCUUUCUCAUAGUCAGGUUAGUUUCUCUUGCAUAAAGUCAUUAAUAAGUCAGUAAGUCCUAGAAGGGUGCUCUUGGGUUUAAACAAACUAGAGCAAGUCUUGUGCUUAGUCUUAAGACUAAGCCCCCUCAAUGAGCAAGGGAUGACUGUUGGGAGACCCAUCUAUUUCAUGCAGAUCUGUGAAAGACUGCUGUCCUUUGCUAUGCUAACUCACUGUUUCUUGUCAUCUGUGAGGUGUUCUUCACUGACCCUGUCACACAUAUGGGCAGCUUGAAUCUUGUAGUCAUACAUUACAUUUUGGCUGACCAGCAGAGUCCCCAUUGGCAGCUGCAUGUCUGUAGGCCUUCCCUGAAGAGAGACAAUGUCCUCACAAUUGCAUUUAGUUUGAUAUCUUUAUUCUUUUGUACUUCUGUUACUGAUCAACACUACUCAAAUGAGUGUUGGCUGAGCCAGUUGCUGUUCUGAGCCUUUAUUUGCAAGUUUAAUUCUGUCCCUGUUUGAAAUAGAUGCCUUUGCUCUAACACACCUUAGAACUGGUCUGCUACUUAGUCUUUACAUCUUGAAUUCUUUCAAUUAACAGAAUGGAUCAACAAAAAGGUACCAAAAAAUUUAAAUAUGAGUCAAUUGCAGUAUAAUUUUUUUCUGUACUUUAUAUUUAGACAUACACAAUUUCUGCAAAGAUAGUAAAAUGUUAACAUUGUGUCAAUUGAGUUGCGCCAGCUCUUCAGUUUGGGUUAGGAAGAUACUUUUUGCUGGUUACUGAGGUUUUAGAAACGGACUUAUCAUCAUAUAAAUACUAAAGCAGAGAGCAACUCAAAGCUCUUUAUGUGGUGCUGAAAAAAAAUUAUUUCCUUUAAAGUUCUUUCAUGUUCACUCUUUAACUAACAGGGAGGGAGUGUUUUGGCCACUAGAACCAAGCAGUUCUGCAAAUACACGUGGUGAGUUAAAGCAGAAUUGUCUCCUAUUUUAUAGACUAUCUAACUUCAUGCAUUUAUAGAUCUUGUUACAUUUUAAUGUAAAGGAACUUCAAAACACUGGUUCAUUUUUUACCAUUGAAUUUCAGAAAUUUAAUUACAUGAGAAGAACUGAAAUUGACUGUUUGAAAAUAGGUCCAGAUAACUAUUUCUGUCUUAGUCCAUUAAUGCUGGUUGGCUCUUCUUCUGGAGCUGAGUGAGUGCAGAGUCUGAGAAGUCUGUAUGUGCAUCUUGGAUAGCUAUGAAAUAAUCUCACAUGUUCAGCCAGAGUGAAUAAACAGCAGUUAGCUGAGCUUACUUUCUCACCUGUGUUCUGCCCAGGACUAGCUCUUAACAUUCCAGCAGAUUACCUGCUUUCUGACUUCAAGAAGCUUUACCUCAAAGAAUUACUGACUUUUUUCCUCUCUGGAUUGUACUAGGGAACAAGAGGAGGUUUGAAGCCCUGACUUCAGCCCUGAUCCUAUUAACUUGAUCAUGAUAUGGUUUAUGAGCAGACAAAACUGACCAAUUUGAAGACUUGGAUCAGUAGGUAGCUGUUUAUAAGCAUUCACAACUGUACAGUGUGUUUGUCUGCUAUGUAGUCAAGUCAGUUUGAAAACUGUGAUGUGUAUUAAGUUAGAAAUGGGUUAUCAUAGAUUCCACAAGUGUUGACUCUUAACCUCGUCUCUGGGAAUCAGUUUUAGAGCAACUUGUCUUUGGAAAGGAAAAAAAAGCUUCUGGAAAAUCUUCAUAAUAUAGAUAAAUCCUGUGUAAUACUUCUGAAAUGGUCAGUGUUUAAAAAUUACUAGUGUGAAUUUGGUUUCUGGUUGCACCUGUUGAGGAAAUUGUGUUCAAGCUUCUGCCUUUUAGUAUCUUUCUGCUGUGUCACACUGUCUGCAUAUAACUUUGAAUUUGGGUUGCAAAGACACUUGAGAAAUAAUUCUGGCAGUUAGCAUGUGAAAACUGCUUGGUUACAUUUCAGCCUUGCCAUAUCCUUUUUGGGAAGCAAAUCCCCCCACUCCUCUCUGAGGCCUUUUGUUCAAGAGAGACUGUUUUGCCAAAGUCUGAGUUACAAGUCCAAGAUUUCACACUUUUAAUUUAGUAAUUCAGUGAGCUUGAAAGCCAAGAAAACUAUUUUGCAUCUACUAAAAAAACUCAAAUAAGGGCUUGUGCUAGGCAGCCCUACAGCAUGUAUGCUGUCACAGUAUGUGUAGGAUGGAUUGCUGCUUUGAUAUUUAUGUACUGACCAGAAAUCUGUCUCCUUUUUCUCCUGGCAGUAGAAAUGAAUGAAAGAACCAAUCUUGAGAGAUCACAAAGGAAGAAAAGCUGCUUAAGAAAUAAAACUUCAGUCCCUGCCAACUUUUCAGAGACAUUCUAAUUGAAAAUGACUCCUGGUAUUUCUUAAGAGAUGCAAAAUUGAAAAGAAAAUGAAGGCUGCUUUUGAACAAAGGAUUUUUGCCCAAUACUGUAUAUUGGCUAAACUUACUCAUAAAUAUACAAUAGUUACCUUCCCAGUACCUCUCUGAAGAGCUAAGCAAGCAAGUUUUUGCCUCUGUUGAGCAGAGUGAAGAGUUUAGAACCAUUACUAUUUUUAAGGCUAAUGGCCAUAUUCUUUCAGUCAUAAGAAAAUUGAGAAGCUCCUAUUACCGAGCAUCAGCAAAGAGUGGGAGAUCUGCUUCUUGUUAGAAACUGGCCUUCCCAAGUAGACCUUUGUCUUAGGGAACCUGAUUCAUAGUUUUCCUUUAGUUCUUUGGCAGAGAAGAAACCAAGUUUUUUUGUGUCUGAAUAUUCAUGGCCUUCAUUUUUGUUUUUUACAUGACACAAACUUUUGUAUAGUAUGUAUAUGGUAUAUUUAACUCUUUAGUCGCUGUAUCUUUUCCCUUCUUAGUAGCAUCCCUAAUGAACAGUUCUGGUUCUUGAGUUAUGGGUGUAGUAUGCUUCUGCUUUAGGCAAAGACUCAGGAGCGAGUUGACCAAACAUCUGAAGGAAUUGCAUUAUCUAUCCUCCUCUUGAUAAGAGUGCAGAUGUGGUACUCACCUUCACAAAGAACAGGCAAGGGAAGUGUGCCCAUCUGUGCUGUGUGGAUAAAGGACUGAUACAGCAGACAUGGAGAAAAGGAGUAGUCAAUCAUUGCUUAUUUUCAGCUAUAAAGGGAUCUUUCACGUGUACUUGAACAAAUAUCCCUAAAUCAGGAAUGCAGCUUUCAGUGCCUGAAUGGACACUCCUCUAAAACUUUUCCACACCAAGUAAAUACUUCUUCUCCUUCAGUUCAAGUUUUUAUUUCUUUACCUCUGAAAAGCAUUUGGCUUACAGCUGUUUGCUUGUUCAGAAACAAUGUUAUCCAUUCAGGGAGAUCAUAGGAGAGGUUGGAGGAAAGCAUGAGUAUGACUCUUCAUUUCAUCUAAGAGAACAUCUUGCAGCACUGGAUCUGGAGCACCAUGCAUGAGCCCCCUUGCUGCAUCACAGAGAAGGAAACUUGUGGAGAUAUAUCCCAAUAUACAAUGCUCAGUCAGAAUGUAUACAGUUUAUAUAUAUUAUUUUUUACAGUUUAUAUUCAGCCUAUUAAAGUGUCAAACAUGCUGGGAUCUGUGUGGAUGGCAUCUUCUGCAUGGAGAUUUGAGGCACCUGCAGUCUGUUCAGCACUAGUGAAGUGCAGAGCUGUUUAGGAAUGCUUAGCAUGACCCCUCAGCAGGUGCAUUGUUGGCUUUGGUGCUGGACCUAACACCCAAGUGGUAUCGGACCACUAUUUAGGAAAAGCAUGAGUCAUUUGACCUGUAUAACCCUAACAUGGUUUUAAAAGAAAAAAAAAAAAUCUCCAAUGCCAUUCUGAUGGCUUUGUAUUCCUGUAAACAUUCCCAGCCUUGCAGUUGCUCACUUGUUCAAGGAUUCACACAUAAUACUAGAGCACAAACUUAAAGAGUUUGUGUGAAGUAUUGUACUUUACCUUUCACUAAAAAGAGAAGCAUUUGUUGCAGACAUUGGACCUGUUGUGCUUAUAUCCCCAAAAGGGGCUGGGUGAAAGCAGAUGAUGACUGUGGUGUGUGUUGAAGGCCUUAAAACUGUGAUUCUUGGUAUGAAGAAUUAAGACUGACCUUGAAGAAUGCAGUGGAUUUUAACCCAUGGAUGAAUACUUGGUGCUCUUAAUUCAGCAAAUGUACUGCUGUUUCCUUGGGAGGGAGAGGUUCAAAACUCAGUUUGUGCGUGACCCUGGCUAGCAGCUGUUUAAGGAGCUGUCUGUACGUGGGAGCAAGAGUAGCGCAGUUCUCUGCACUCUGUUCCUGUGUAGCUUACAUAGUUCCUGCCUAGUUCCAUCAGUCACUUGUUCCUGGGCUGCUGGAAGUGGGAGGCUUACUGAGAUGGUCAGGGAUUUCAGAACCAGUGGCAGCUAGCAAAUUCAUUUCCUCAACAGUAGGUGAACAGGUCUCACAGCAAUAUGCCAAGGGUUGGUGCCAUUCCAAAAAUACCCACUGUGAGGUGAAACAUGCACCAAAACAUCUGACCUUUGUAAACAUUUAUUUUUUUUUGCCAAGGCUCAUCCUAUUCAGACAGUAUUUCUGCUACCCCCUAAUGGUAUAUUAAGCUUAAUGCAACUAGCCUCCCAAUAUUAACUUCAGACCUAUCUGAGAGAGGACUGAGGAAUGCUGGAGCCUGAGGCUUUAGGCUAGUAGCCCCAAAGCCAAUGGUGGCCCACAUUUCCACAAGCCCUGGGCAGAAUUACCAAGUCACAGCACUUCAUCUUAAAUUGCACUGUAUUCUUAUGCCUCUGUGUUGCUAUAAUGUACAUAUAUAUUGGAAUUUUUUGUAGAUAAGACAUUUUAGAUAAAAUUUUUAAAUGGGCUCCCCCCCCCCAAAAUAUUUUAUGCCAGAUGUCUAAUUUUUUUUACACUUGUGAUUAACAUGAAUAUGGAUGCUCUAUGGGCAGGGAAAAAGAUAAAUAGAUGGUACAUUGGCUUUAAAAAGGUAACAAUGCAUGUUUAAAAAAAAACACUGGAGAAAAAAAUGCUUGGGAAAAAAAUUCAUUCAAAUAUAUUCUAUGUUCUGCAUAAUAAAGACUUUGAAAAAACACUGUA